GUAUUUAUUACCUUGAUGUCCCUCUCCCACUAUAUAUCAUGCAUUUCUAAUAGUUCCAUAACUCCAUACCUUUGCUCACAAAAAAAAGAAAGAAAGCCAGAGUAAGAAACCAUGGAAGACGCCAUAUAUGUUGCAGUGAAUCAAGAUGUUCGAGAAAGUAAAAAAACUUUGUUAUGGGCUUUGAAAAAUCUUCAAGUCAAGAAGAUUUUCCUUCUUCAUGUUCAUCUUCCAUUUUCGUUGACCACUUCUUCAAGUAGGCUUGAACAAAGUGAGAUCGAUGCAAUCCAAGAUUCAGAACUGAAUACUUCAGUAAAUAGCCUCUACAAGUACCGUGAUAUCUGCAUAAACAAAGGGGUUAAUGAAAAAGAUGUGGAUACAUCAAUGAUCUCAGGACAUGAUGUGGGGGAAGGGAUUGUGGAACUCAUCUAUCAAAACAUUAUCACGAACCUCGUUAUGGGAGCAGCAGCUGAUCCUCACUAUUCCAGGGGAAUGUCUAUCACAUCUAGGAAAGCAGAGUAUGUGAGUCAACAUGCACCUCAUAGCUGUAAAAUAUGGUUCAUCUGCAAGGGGAAACUCAUCAAGCAAAGAGAAAGAAGUUUCUACCUCGGGAAUCCAUCAGACUCAUUCUCAGAAUUCUCUACUUCUGCUGAGAAACCAAUUAGCAAAGGAAGAAGAAGGGAUGAGGAAGAGGAACCCGAGUCACCUAAAGAACAUCCAGGUUGGAUACUAGAACCUGAGGAAUCACCAAAGAAAGGAAGGAAGGAAACUAUAGAGAAAUCAAAAAGCAAUGAGAGCGAUGAAGACCCACGUCUCGAAGAUUUCAAGUGUCCCAUUUCAAUGGAGAUAAUGCGAGAUCCUCAUGUGGCUGCUGAUGGUUUCACCUACGAGGCAGAGGAAUUCAGAAAGUGGCUAAGGUCAGGAGGUCGAACCUCUCCAAAGACAAACAAGCCGCUUGAGAAUCACAAUCUCGUUCCAAAUCACACUCUUCGUAUAAUCAUAAAAGAUUGGCUGGAGAAGAACCCAAAUUAUAAACGUUGAUUCAUCUAUCUAUAUGAGAAAAAACAAGAAAGUCAAUGAUUAUGUUGUGAUUUUUGGAAUUUCUUUGUGAAAUAACAAAUAAAACCUUCAUGUAUCUUACUACGAAAUCCAUGGAGGGUAUUAAUGCGAUUCUCUAUGCAAUCAAUCUG